AAGAAGAGCCGGAAGUGGGCGGCGGGGGUUGCAGCUGCCAGGGAAACCGAGGAGCUGAACGGCGGCGGCAGCAGCGGCUGGGUUGGGCUGGUGGAUGGGCGCUGAGGCGGCCGGGCAGGCAGGGGCGGGAAGCAGCGGGAGCCGGCCCGGGGAUAACACCAUUCGCCUCUCCGUCCUCUCAGCCCCCUCAGCCGCCGGGGGGCUACCAGUCUAACCGCCCUACGGGCCGUGAGGAGCCGAGCGCGCGCGGCCUUCCUUGCCGGCGUCGCCAGGGGGCGCCCGCCACAGGGGCUCGGGGGAAACCUUCCCCCCGGCUCUCGGGGGCCGGGGCCGGGGCUGGGCCGGGCUUGCCCCGGCGGGGGCGGUGUCCGGGGCACCUGCGACCCCCCUCCCCCGGCCUCGGGGUUCGCAGGUGGGCGCGGGGAGCGGGUCUCCUCCUUCCUCCCCACCUUCCGGGCAAGGAUCGCGGGGGCGCGUGGCCAUGACGGGCAAGUCGGUGAGGGACGUGGAUCGCUACCAAGCUGUCUUGGCCAGCCUGCUGCUGGAGGAGGAGAACAAGUUCUGUGCGGACUGCCAGGCCAAAGGCAUUGUGGAUGUCCAUCCAUUGGUGGCUGUACUGCCGAUUCCUCCACAGUGGAGCACCCAGUGAUGAGCCAAGUCCACCCUCGGCUGGGGCCACUCAUCAUCCCACCAGAAACCUUUAGAAUAAGACCUAAUGGCAGACAUCAUAGGUGGAUGACAACUGAUUUGAGAAAGCAAGAGCUAUCAGGACCACGAUGGGCUUCCUGGAACAUUGGCGUAUUCAUCUGCAUCCGCUGUGCAGGAAUUCACAGGAACCUUGGUGUGCACAUUUCCAGGGUGAAGUCAGUCAACUUAGAUCAGUGGACACAAGAGCAGAUUCAGUGCAUGCAAGAGAUGGGAAAUGGGAAAGCCAACCGACUGUAUGAGGCCUACCUACCUGAAAAUUUCCGGCGACCUCAGACAGAUCCAGCUGUAGAAGGAUUUAUCAGAGAUAAAUAUGAAAAGAAGAAGUACAUGGACCGAAGCCUGGACAUCACUGCAUUUAGGAAAGAAAAAGAUGACAAAUGGAAAAAAAGCAGUGAGCCAGUUCAAGAAAAGAAAGUGGAGCCUGUGAUUUUUGAGAAAGUCAAAAUGCCUCAGAAGAAGGAAGAUCUGCAGCUACCUCGAAAAAGCUCCCCCAAAGCAAUUGAGCCUGUAAUGGACUUGUUGGGCCUUGAUGCUCCCUUGGCCUCCUACAGUAUCUCAAAUAGCAAGACCAGUAACACCCUAGAAAAGGAUCUAGAUCUCUUGGCCUCAGUUCCAUCAUCUUCUCUCUCAGACUCCAGAAAGGUUAUAGGGUCCAUGCCAACUGCAGGGAAUGCUAGUUCUGUUCCUGAAAAUCUGAACCUGUUUCCUGAACCAGGAAGCAAAGCAGAAGAAUCAGGCAAGAAACAGCUCUCUAAAGACUCCAUCCUCUCACUUUAUGGAUCACAAACUCCUCAGAUGCCUGCUCAAGCAAUGUUCAUGGCUCCGGCUCAGAUGGCCUAUCCCACAGCCUACCCCAGCUUUCCUGGUGUCCCCCCUACUGGCACCAUGAUGGGGGGGAUGAUGCCCCCACCAGUGGGCAUGUUGACCCAACCUGCAGCUGCUGGAAUGGUGGCCCCUGUAGCCAUUCCACCAGGUUAUGUAGGUGGCAUGCAAGCUGCAGUGAUGGGUGUCCCCAAUGGCAUGAUGGCUGCCCAGCAGGCUGGUUACGUUGCAGGCAUGGCAGCUGUUCCUCAGACAAUGUAUGGCAUCCCACCAGCACAGCAGCUGCAGUGGAACUUGGCUCAGAUGACCCAACAGAUGGCCGGAAUGAACUUCUAUGGCACCAAUGGCAUGAUGAGCUAUGGACAGUCCAUGGGCAGUGGGAAUGGCCAGACAGCCAAUCAGACGCUCAGUACUCAGAUGUGGAAAUAAAAGCGGAGCACCUGCAUUGUUACCACUUAUUUUCCCCAAACUCCUUCCUCUCUUCUCCCUGCUUCCUCCUCCCUCUCUACCUCUUCCUGUUUUGUUUGGAAACUGCCCUAGGAGACAUACAGACUUUGACCCUCCAUCCAGCCUGAUCACCCCCCCCCCCAACCCUCAUACUUGAGACCCGCUUUCUGCUGUCCAUGCCCACACUUGACCCCAGAGCUUUGGUGUCCAAGCCCUUCUCCAGGGGGCAGCAGAGAGCCCUCUAGCACCACUGGAAUGCACAUACCCAGAUUUCUUUUCCUUAUGGGAGAUGAGGCAGUAUCUGCUCCCCCAGCCUCUUGAGAGAGGUCUGUGGGCACUAGUCAGGCUCCAUGGGAGAGGGUUAGAGGCCUAUAUGUAUCACCCACAUGUCAUUUUUUUAAAGGUUGCUUUUGGGGGGGAGGGAUGAGGCGGGCUGGGUAGAGAAAAGAAUUUAAUCAAACUCCAAUCAUGGGUCUUUUUGAACGGGGCUCACCAGAUUCAGGCUGAGCCAGAGCCUCUCCAAGGGAGGGAGAGCCAGGGUUAUUCUGCUUUGUUCUGAGCGGUCCUUUGUGGCUUUAGUCCUUGUCAGUCAUUGGAACCCAAGUCACUGUGAGGCUCUGCUGCCUGGAGAUGGGCCUUAUGCACACAUGCUGAGAAUGGGAAGUUUGCCCUUCUUAUGAGUGGCUUUUUAUUGUUUAUUUUCCCAUCCAAUCUGGGGUGGUGGUGGUUAAAAAAUAAAAUAAAAAGUUUUAGAUUAACAAACUAACAAAAGAGUUAAUUUAUCGGCAGCUAAGAGCUAUUGCCACUUUUUUUUUUCUUACAGUUUUAAGAAUGUGUUAUCUGCCAUCCUAAUUAAUGCUUCCCUUCCUUCCUCCCCCCCUGCAGUCCUGUUUAUUCUGGGGUAGCCCGCACCUCUGUUUCUUGCAUAUUUUACACUGUGCAUGAGGCAGAGACCCCAGGCAGCUUUCCUGUCAAUCACCAUUCACCUCACUAGAAAAUCAAAAGAAAAAAAGUUUUCGCUUAAACAAUUUCAUUUGCGUGAACCAAAAUUUUCGGUUGACUUUCUCCUGUGUAUAUGUAAAUUCCUUAAUAAAUAUUGCAGUGA